UGGAGAACAGUAGCACGCACACACACAGAGCGGCUUAUCGUACGAGCUAGUUGUGGAUGCUAUGGUGGAUUGUGUGAGAGGAAACUUCUAUCAGCAGAGCCAGAUAACCGUCCAGGAAAGACACUCAACCCCUAAAUGGAUUAUGAAGACACAGAAUUGACUGUUGGCUGACCGACAACACCGGGAUCCUGCCUUUCUAUCUAAGGAUCAGUUACUGCAAGAUGAGAGUUAAACCUCAAGAACUGGUGAGCGUGGUGACAAACUGGCCAAGUGAAGACCUUACCUUCUAGGGAAAGAACUGUUGAGCACUUCUGGAGAAGAGGCCGGUGAAACGAGACAUUUGAUCAAUGAAGGAGUCCUGCAUGUCCACAUCUUGUUUGAUGAAUAAGGAAAGUUAGCAAGCUGAUGACCCCAUCUUAAGAGAUGAUGAAUCGCUACACCACCCUGAAGCAGCUGGGUGACGGCACCUAUGGUAGUGUGCUGAUGGGGAGAAGCAAUGAGUCUGGAGAGCUGGUGGCUAUAAAGAGAAUGAAGAGGAAGUUUUAUUCAUGGGAAGAAUGUAUGAACCUAAGAGAGGUGAAGUCCCUGAAGAAGCUGAACCAUGCCAACGUGGUGAAACUGAAGGAGGUAAUCAGAGAGAACGACCACCUCUACUUUGUCUUUGAGUAUAUGAAGGAGAACCUCUACCAGCUAAUGAAGGACAGAGAGAAUAAGAUGUUCUCUGAGAAUGAAAUUAGGAACAUCAUGUUUCAAGUGCUCUCUGGGAUGGUUUUUGUACAUAAGCAUGGUUUCUUUCAUCGAGACAUGAAGCCAGAAAAUCUUCUAUGCAUGGGUCCAGAACUGGUCAAAAUAGCAGAUUUUGGCCUAGCCAGAGAGAUCCGCUCCAAACCUCCCUACACAGACUAUGUGUCCACUAGAUGGUAUCGAGCUCCAGAGGUUCUGCUCAGGUCGUCCACCUACAGCUCGCCCAUUGACCUGUGGGCUGUGGGCUGCAUCAUGGCUGAACUCUACACCCUCAGACCUCUUUUCCCUGGGAACAGUGAAGUGGACGAGGUCUUCAAAAUCUGUCAAGUCCUCGGCACUGUCAAAAAGGCGGAUUGGCCGGAGGGCUACCAGCUAGCUUCUGCUAUGAACUUUCGGUUUCCUCAAUGUGUGCCGACCCACCUGAAGACCCUCAUCCCUAAUGCCAGCAAUGAGGCUAUCGUCCUGAUGAAGGACCUGCUGCAGUGGGACCCAAAAAAGAGGCCAACUGCUGUACAGGCCCUGCGAUAUCCAUAUUUCCAGAUCGGACAAAUUUUAGGACCUCAUCCUCAGAGCCAGAAUGUGAAGGUGCAGGGAAGGGUGCAAGGCCAGAGGCAAGUAUCAGAGUCCAAGACCGAUCCCCAACAGUCUUCCUCUGAGUCCAAAGCCUCCACAUCCUCCUCCAGAAACCAGCAGCAGCAGCAUCAUCAGCCUCUUCAGCAGAUCCCUCUUCCCCAGACUGAGUGUAAACCAGGUCUCAGCAAUGCAAAAGCUGCAUCGCUGGGCAGUGAGAACAGUGUCGGUGGUGGUGGUGGUGGUGGUGGUGGGGCUGCGGUGCUGAAAAGUGGCCGUCGUCGCUGGGGACAGACAGUGACCAAGACCUCAGACAGUUGGGAGGAAUCCGACCCCUCAGAAAUGUCCGUCUCCAACUCCAAGAAACCCAGCCUGGGGAACACAGAGGAGGAGAGGGUCCCUAUGGAGCAGCGCCCACAGCCUAAGGAGCCGAAACCUCUGUAUUCCUACAGCUCAGUGACUAAGCUACCCAACAAUAUUAAGGCGGGCCAUAUGGACUCCAAUCUUCCAGGAUCUGCGGCUCGGCAGCACUAUCUGAGCCAGUCACGAUACUUGCCAGGGUUGAUCAGCAAGAAUCAGACUUCUGCAGAUAAGGAGAUGGGUGGUAUGACGCUACGGGACCUGUGGGAGAACUCCUCAAGCACCAUCAAUAAACCACUCGCUCCAAUUGGAGCCAGAGUCAAUGCAGAAGAGACUGCCUCUAAAUCUAUGGAUAGCCCUCAAGAGAAAGCUAUUGUAAAAGAAAGAAUACUUGAGAAAAUCGAUCUCUCCAAAGGGACUUUUGUAAGCACCAAAUACAACCUCUCGGGUGGUUAUAUCCCGUCAUUCCAAAAGAAAGAGGUGGGCUCAGUGGGACAGAGAAUCCAGCUUGCCCCUUUGGCUGGUCAGCACACAAUAAAUCUUUCCUCAUCUCCUGACAAUAAAAAAGACAAACCAAAAUCUGCAUUGUCCAAGCCUAUUUCUAACUCCUCUUUGAGUGAGACUAAUGAAGAUUUCGAGGGCUGGAGGAGGAGGGCAGACAGGACUCAGAUGAAGGGGAGCAGCUACGCAACCCUUGGGAAAAACUCCGGGAACAUCCUGACUAGAGCUCCAGCCGUGCAGCCCGUCCAUGGCAGAGUGGACUGGACAUCCAAAUAUGGUGGAAAUCGGUAGUUCACAAAAAUGGAAGAACAGCUUCCACUGGAUAUUGGACUAUUUAGUGGCACACAUAUUUGAUUAAAAAAGCUAACCUGAUGCAGAGUUAUAACUAUGUUCAUACUUAAACAUGGAAGAAAUUGUAAAUGAGGAAAUCUACAUGUUCCUUGAAACAAAUUACAUUUAAAAAAAAAAAAAAAAAAAAAUAGGUAGAGGGUAGGAAGAAAAGUGACAAAAGUGGAACACAAGAAAUCCCACCUUCUUUUAAGAGACUAUUGUUAUGCCACUGUAGCAAAUCCUUGUUUCUAGAGAACCUGAGACAUGUAUGAUCUAACUGUUAGGGUGUAUGGAGUCUCUGUGAUUUGGAGAUGACAGUUGCCAUGAUGAACAAAGCCUGAUACUGUCUGCAAGACAAUCCCACUGUAUUCCUGAAAGAUCCAGGAUGCGCCAAUUCUACUGUUAGUGUUGGGAUAUUUCUGAGUAAGAGUUAAACACAGCAAAGCUUUUCCUUCUUUUUUUUUUUUUACUCUAGUAGCAAUGGUCAAGUAUUGUUUUAUUACUGAUGACAAAA